CAUCGUGAACACCCCCCCCCCUCACCCCUCCGUCCCACCGCCGUAUAUGUGGGUGCUUGUCAAGUAAAUACGUUUGUAAACAGUGGUGCAGCGCCAUCUACCUGCGAUUGAGGGAAGCGGUUCAGCACGAGUUCACUGAUUGCACUGUAGCACGUUAAUGCAGAUAACAGUGUUUAUGCGGGAGUGAGACAACCGCGAUGCACCGUUUUCGCUUAGUGACAUUUGAUGUUAGUGGGACACUUCUUAAUUUUCGGAGGCCACCUCAGACAUUGUAUUCAGAGGCAGCGUCUCUCUUCGGCGUUACUGCGCAGCCAUCAGACAUCGCUUUAAUAUUCCGAGCCCAGUAUGAUAAAUUAUCCCGUGAGCAUCCGAACUUCGGUCAAAAAACCGGCAUAGGCUGGAAAAAGUGGUGGAAUCUGCUGGUCGUAGAUGUUCUCGAAAAGGCAACACGAUGCCAGUACAACAGAAGCACUUAUGACAGUGUUGCAGGUUAUCUCAUAAAUGCUUUCGAGAACGGAGAUUGUUAUGCCAUUGCUGAAGGCGCCCAAGAUUUAUUGUCAUAUCUGCAGCAGACAAACACAAUUAUUGGCGUAAUCUCAAACUACGAUGAAAGACUGCAUUGUGUACUGAAUUCACUGGAUUUAAAUAAGUAUUUUAAUUUUGUUGUAACGUCAUAUGAAGCUGGUAUUGAAAAGCCAUCACCCAAAAUAUUUGAAAAAGCCCUGGCCUUAGCAUUGAAGAUUGAUACCCAUGUAACUCCAUCAUGUUCUCUUCAUAUUGGUGAUAAAGUCGAAACCGAUUAUGUUGGAGCCAUUGGGGCGCAUUGGCAUUGUGCUUUAGUGACGAAAAGCAGUGAUGAACUGUGCAGAAGAGGACUGCAAAGACAAGGUGUAUUACCGAAUUAUAUUUUCCGCGAUCUUGUUGAACUUAGGGCAAAGCUCCCACAUCUGUGGGAAAGGGACAUUGGUCAAGAUGCUAAGAAAUUUUAGAAGGUUAAAAGUAAACUAGUUGGGGCCUGCACUUAUAUUAGUUUCAACAAAACCUUUUGCAAGAGUGCAGUGAAAUAAAAAGAAACAUGUUCACUGCAUAUGGAAGAAGUAUGUGCCCACUUUGUGAAGUCAUAAGAGUCUUUUAUAAUAUAAACGAGACAGGCAAAUAGAUUAGCUGCGAAACAAUGGAUAUUAUGUAACAUCUUGUACUCCUGUAUUGAACGCCAACCGCUUCUACGGAUCAGAAUAUGUUUGCAUUAGGAUUUUGCUUUUGUGUGAAAACAUCUGGUGAGGUAUAUAACUUAAAGCAUGUAACAAUUAGGGGAAAGAACCACACAAAUCAGCUGACAUCUGAAGCAACAACAGCAUAUAAAUGAUUCUUGGUGUAAUUUUAAUUAAUGGGCCUUGAUUACAUUUUCCAAGUCCAGAGUAUUAACAGACAAGUAGGGAGGUGCCAAGUGCUUCCACCGUAGUUUAUGUCCUGUUUUCUUGUCAACCAUUGUGUUCCAGUUUUUCUUACUACUUCUUGCACCAAUUUCCUUUUGGCCCUUCUAAACAACGAAAGUUCCAAGGUGAUGUUUAAGCUUUGUUCAUUAUCUUAUUAGCCACUCUGGUACAUGGAUGAAAAGUGCUUGCAAAUACAGAGCUAGAUAUAUUAUGUGGAAAGAGGGCAGUUCAAAGGCAAUUGCUGCAUACAAUAAACUUGAAGUAUUUUAAAUAAAUGUUAUCUGGAGCUGUGAGCAGAGUAUGUGAACACUGGACUAUUUAAACCAGCAAACACAAGAUAUAAAAUUCACAUGCAUUGUAUAUGAAACUGCUACAAAUUUUUAAAUUACAUUAUGUACUUGGUACAAGAGAUGUAAUUGACACAAAAAACUAUCCCCACGUUUGUGGUUUUAAUUCUCUCAUUUCGUUUUUAAAGCACAGCCUUUAUACACUAAACUUUUCACUACUAAUGUUUGCAUGUAAACCUUUCCUAUCAGAAUCAAUUAUUUUAACUUGAGAUUGGCAUGCCUUAAUAAAUGUAAGUCAAAAUCAUAACUGUACUGUCUACCAUUUUAUGUAAUCAGGGACAGUUGUGUUUCAGCUUUAUUAUGACGGUAUAAAAUUUGAGUUUGUAUCACAUAUAAAGUGACACACACUACAAAUCGCACAUCAGAGAAGUUGUUUAAAGAUAAAAGUAUAAUGACUGUGGAAUUAGAUUGUAAAGGAAAACUACUUUGCAUGUAUUGGAGAUUGUGAUACUGCCAUUCUGGGUUAUGAUGAUAAUAUAUUUUUUAUGUUGUUCAGUGUAUGGUUAUAUUUAUGUACUUGCUGAAAAUCCAUAUUUUUCACUAUGGUCUGAUUUUUCAAGUUUUUAAUAAGUUUAAAGGUGUUAGUAACAAGAAUGUUCAAUCUCAAAACCGAUAUAGUCCCGCCCCGCAGUGUUGUUGAUAGUGUGAUAAUAUGUUGUUAUGGUCAACAUUGUGGUUAUAUAAUGCUAACAAAUAGUUGUGUUGCUGAUAGCACUACAGGUCAAAGCUAAGAGAUCAUAUCAUUCCCUUCACUACUUUAAUUACUUCUCCUCAAUGCAGUGCGUAAAAUAGAUUCACUUGUAACAUCAUGCCCUGAAAGACAAUUGAGUUCAAACAGCUUCUAACUUCUUCACUGAAAAAUAUUAUUAUCACUUCUAUGCACAUUGAUGUGGUAAUCAUGAUUGCUCUGCCAAAUUGUGCUAGGAUGGUCUCAUCAAUGGAAGGAGGCCUUUGGAUAUGGCACAAUCACUUAAGAUAGAUGUCUGAUCUUAUUCAAUUUCCAUGGAUCUUUGGUUGAUACAGAAUACAUGGUGGAAUCUAGGAAUGGACUUUUAUGAGAAUAGUAUCCAUUUGUUCUAGUUUCUUGUUGUGGUCUAGGCCUUGUUGAUGUUGCAGGAGGCAAUUGGGAAUGUCAUCUGUCAUAUGGAGUUGCGCAAUAAUUAAGUAACAAAAUUAUAUAUUUGCAUACAGUGUCUGCGUGAUGAAGAGUGAUAUUCUGCAUUGCUGGCUCUUCAUUUUAAGCCUCUGUACUCUUUAUCUGAAGAGAAUCUCUGACUAAUGUGGUUAGAAAUAGAGGAGGAGUGCGUAGGAGACCAGCUGCUGGCGGAAACUCGCUAACAUGAACAGCAAAGUAUCAUAAAUGAACUGUAUCUUAUCUUUGGUUGUUUUUUUUUAGGGGGGGGGGAUUCUGGGAUUCUUUUCAUAUCUGUGCACUGUGAAAUAAACCUGCACUGAUUUCAAAAUUAGUUAUUCCUGGAAAGAAGCAAUAAGUACCCAAUGGUUUUGAUCGCAGCAUUAAUAACUGUUAGAUGCCAAAAUCUAGGUUUGUCUUGAUGUGUAUUUUUUUCCACCACAUAAUUUAUUGCAAGAAAUGAACUAACUUCACCAGGCCAUGCCCAAUUUAGACAGAUAUGUAAUGUGUUCAGAGUACAUGUAAAUGUUACAAACAUGUAUUCCUAAGUUGAACAUUCAUAGCUCUGUCUCGCAGUGUACUAGAUUCAUGUUAAAUAAUGUCUUACAUGGAUAAAAUGUGACUGUAAUUGUUUUAAAUUAUCUUUCACAUUCAACACAUUACUGUUUUAUUUUUCAAAUUAUUAUUUUAGUAGAAGAUUGUGGACCGUAAGAGUCAAAUUUGUGUUUUAUCAUGUACAAGCUUAUCUCAGUAUGAAUUAAAUGUUCUAGUCUGUCACAGGUGGGUCUCUUAAAGCCCAAAUGGUGUAACUCUCAUUAUUCUUGUUAUGAGGUAUUAUGAUUUACAAAGAUUGUUACUCAAAACUCAACAGUAAUUUUUGGCUAAAGUGCACUUACAGUGUGCCGCAGUAUUCCAUUGCAUGCUGCUGUCGGCACUUUGUUAUCGUUGUUCAUAGCCAGUCAGGUGAUAUAGGCCUACUGUAGCCAAUAGGAAUCACUGACUGCAAUGGUUCCUUUUGGUAGAAGAUACGAAUUAAUGGCAUCUGUUUUCAGUAUGCAGAGCACCAGAAUAAAAUUCACUGCUCUGGUUAGUAUGAAUUUGUAUGUUGCUUACUAAUUUCCAUAAAUUCUCUGUUGACUGGGAAAACUACAUGUGCUGAUGGACUGACCUGUGGUCAUGAAUGGAAGAAAAUUAGAUGUAGCUGCAGCAUAGCCUGAGGCCUAGGUUAGAGUGGACUAUAAUUUGCUUGUGAAUUGGCUAAGCCCACUAAUCUCAACACAAAAACACAAUUGCCAUAAUAGGUUGAUGUGUACUGUAGCACAAGAAAACAUUCAUCAUUGCAGUGACCUACUUGUAUAUCCUCUUCCUGAUUUUACCAUAACUCUAACCUAGUUCAAUGCCAGUUAAUCUUACUUGUAAACCAUAGGCAAUUACAAACAAGAACCUCAUUGGCUACAUACAUCUGAUUGAUGUUUCAUCAUGUUAACUUCCCUUUAUUUAUCGUACAAACUGUUACUAAGAGCAACAGACAACAGAAUAGCUGUGGUACACCAUAAGUGCAUUUUUACCAAUGUUAUCCAGUUAUAGACCUGAUACAGGGGUCCAAAUAAAGGUACACCAUUUAUAAUAUAAACAGGUAAAGGAUUUUACUUACUAUAAUAAUAUACAUGGCAGUUGACAGUGUAUUAACAUAACCUUUGCUACUCAUAGUCAGUUCCAUUCAGUUGCCCAAUAUUUUCAUCAUUGCCAGAAGAAUGAACUUGAAAAUUUGAUUAUGGUCCUGUAUCAGCUGUAGAAUAUUUCAGAACAAAUGAAAAUUUGUGGCGGACUGGGACUUGAACCUGGAUUUCGUGCUUGGGGUCAGUGGUUACUUUAAGCACUUCGGCUAUCCAAACAUGCUUCCAGGAGCGGCUCAUACAAACAUGCUUCUAGGAGUGGCCAAAUCUCCAUUUGUCCUGGUGUUCUUGUGCUCGCAUUGUAUUACUGUGAUUCCUGCGCAGGGUGAGACAUUGUUCUCUCUUGUCAUUUUCAUUUGUUCUGAAAUAGUCUACAGCUGAUGGGGAACCAUGAUUGCAAUUUGUGAGCUCAUUCUUAACUGAAUGCGGCUGUUGGUCAUUAGUGCAGUGACUCAGACACUGCACUGCAGAUUGUCAGAAGAAAGGAGACUCUAAAAGUAAUGGCAACAAGCAGUUGGUAUGUUGGGCAAAAGGUCUUUCAUGGCCUCCUCCUUCUCUUUAGUAACAGCCUGUAGUCAUGUGUACAGAUUUACACAAGGUAUGUUAGUCAGAGAAACUAGGUGUCCGUUUUCAGAUCCCAGCUUGAAGUUUAACUUUUAAAAUUCCAUGUUCGUUGAAAGGGUUUCCUUGAAAAAUAUUGUGAAUGGUUCAGUCUUUUGGUAAUCCUCUAGAUGUUUUUCAGUGUCAGUCUUCCUUUUGGUGACUGACUUCAAAAUGUUUUCAACAUGCAAGAAGUCAUUGUCAUUACAGCAGCACGAAAGGUCUCUUUUUCCAAGACUUGUCGAUAAUAUUGUAGCUGUCAUCGGGACCAAAUAUCUAAUGUCUUUACUGCAGUUUUCUGUGAGGCAAAGACACCACCAUUGGGGUGAUAGGAAUCACCACUUUGUAUGAACAUUGGGGUCUAUGGUUUCAGUGUUAUUCUCUUCGUUAAAACUAGUUUCAUUAAUGUUAUGACUCUUUUCCAGUUCCUGUUCUACCCUGUACAAGUAUUGUUGUACAUCACAAUGUGUUUUGCUGAUGGUGCUAUUGUAUAAGUGUGUUUCACCAAACAGUCACUUCGUCCCAGUAGUACUUGAAUCCUAAUUUUGAUAACAGCUUGUGACAAUGUAAAUUGAAAACAUAUAAUUUAUGUUUGUAAUAAUCUGUUUGACAUGGCUCCUGAGCUUUUUUGGCUUUGCGUAGAUGCAGUUAAUGGUCCUGCCAAAGCUUGAUGUUUUUGUGUUCAUCCGUUGAAUGCUUGAGUUUACUAGCAAACAUAUCAUAUUGUACACAAGCAUCCUUGCGAGGAGCAAGGAAAUCAAGCUGAACUCACUGUUAAAAGCUCUGUGACAAAUGUGUUCUGCACCUGACUCUUUUUCCUUGACUUUCAACAUGUUCUUUGUAAAAAUUGGAGAAGAGUCAAACAUUCAUAUCUUCUGAUAAAGGGGAAUGAUGCUAUGUGACCACUUACUAUUAAUUUUCCUGUAGAGCUUUGUUACCGGGAAUGUUCUUGCAAUGUUUAUCUUCGCCU